CUUCUAAUUGUUAUCAAGAAGUUAUUUCAUAGCCAUCGCUUUCUUUCAAGAGUUAGAUACAUCAAGCAUUUCCAAGAAAAUAUAACGUAGCAACCCAACAAUGAACGAGGAAAGAUCAUCAAAAAAGGUCGGUAAAGCCGUUCUAGACGCAAUAAAAUCCGGAGCACCAAAUGUGGACCUUGAUCUCCUUCCGAACUUAAUGGACAUGAGUCCUGCUUCAAUUACCGAAAAUGUACACGCAAUCAACUCACUUUGCAAGGAUAAAAGACAAAAGUUCCUAUUCGAACAGCUUGUCACACACUUGCACGAUUUUGCACGAGAAGUAGGCUUGACGACGGAAGAAUGGAUGACUGCAAUUCAGUUCUUGACUUCAACGGGAAAGAUUUGCUCCGAUAUUCGUCAAGAGUUUAUCCUUCUUUCGGAUGUUCUUGGCCUUUCAGCCUUAGUUGAUUCGAUGAAUCACCCCGUCACUGCUUCAGCAACGGAAGGUACAGUUUUAGGCCCUUUCUUCACAGAGGAUGCUAAAGAGCUCAAAGCUGGAGAUUCGAUCGCCUCAGAAGGUAAAGGAGAGUAUAUGUGGUGUGAAGGUCGGAUAGUAGACAUCAACGGUAAUCCAGUUCCUCACUGUAAGAUUGAGACUUGGGAAACAGAUGACGAAGGCAAAUACGACACGCAAUACGAGGAAAGGACUGAAGCGGAUUGCCGUGGUAGGCUUAUUUCAGACGAACAGGGAUACUACUCCUACCGUGCGAUUCUACCCACUCCUUAUCCGAUUCCAAACGAUGGACCGGUUGGUGCUUUGCUCAAAUCGUUGAAUCGUCACGUUUUUCGUCCAGCACACUUGCAUAUGAUGUUUUAUCGCGAAGGAUAUGAAACUUUGAUUACUGCGUUAUAUUUCAAAGGAGAUCCAUACCUUAAAUCGGAUGCUGUAUUUGGUGUAAAAACAUCUUUAAUCGUAGAUCCUGUUCUGGUCAAAGACGAAAGCAAGGCAAAAGCUCUUGGAUUCAAAAAUGGUCCCUUUUGGCAUUUAAAGAAAGACUACGUGCUCUUGACGACAGCGCAAGCGGAAGAACAAAAACAAAAGUCUCUGGCUAACUAUUAUGCCAGUCUUCAAUAA